CUCUGCCCAGAAAAGACAGCCCCAACUGCUAGCUCUGCUGCUUUCAUUUGUGGGCACCAAAAACAACGAAACCAAAAAGAAAGAGGAAAAAAAUCAGUGCAUUUGUUAUUAGAUUAAGCUCUAAUUUAUCAAACAUGGGAUUUGGGGGAUACAGCGAUGUCUCCAACCAUGGGCACCAGAAGAAGAAGAAGAAGUACGCGAUAAUCGGCGUCUCUUCGGUUCUUUUGGUUGCCAUGGUGGCGGCUGUGGCCGUCGGUGUGAGCCGCAGCGGCCACGGGGAUUCCUCGAAAAAUAAUCAAAGUGGGCAGACGUCUACGUCGAUGAAGGCAAUCGAGGCAAUUUGCCAGCCCACUGAUUAUAAAGAAACCUGCGAGAAGAGCCUGGGCUCCGCCGCCGGAAACACCACCGACCCCAAAGAGCUCAUAAAGACCGCUUUCCAAGUGACAAUGAAGGAAAUUAGCGGCGUAAUCGGGAACUCCACCACGUUGAAAGCUCUGGCGAAGGACUCCAGAACCAACCAGGCCUUGGAGAACUGCAAGGAGCUCCUCGAGUACUCCAUAGACGAUCUCAACGAGUCUUUUGAAAAGCUCGGCGCCUACGACGUCAGCAAGAUCGAUGACUACACGGCGGACCUCAAGGUCUGGCUCAGCGGCGCAAUCACCUACGAGCAAACUUGCUUGGAUGGGUUCGAGAACACGACCGGUGAAGCAGGGGAGAAGAUGACGGCUCUGUUGAAGACUUCGCAGGAACUCACAAAGAACGCCCUUGCCAUGGUGACUGAUAUCACGAAAUUCUUAUCGGAGCUUCAAAUUUCCGGGCUCAACCGGAGGCUUCUUUCAGAGGAAUCCGAGGAUGAGAUUCCGUCGUGGGUCAACGACGGGAAGCGCAGGCUCCUGGCGGCCACCGCCGGGAGCAUUAAGGCCGAUGUUGUGGUUGCCAAGGACGGGAGUGGAAAGUACAAGACUAUAAAUGAAGCUCUCAUUGAUAUUCCCAAGAAAAACAACAAGACUUUUGUGAUUCACAUCAAGGCCGGGAUAUAUCAAGAGUACGUGAUCUUUGAUAAGCACAUGACCAAUGUCAUGAUGAUCGGAGAUGGCCCUACAAAGACCAAGGUCACCGGAAACAAGAACUUCGUCGAUGGAACCCCCACUUUCAAGUCUGCCACAGUUACGGUGAUGGGAAGCAACUUCAUCGCUAAAGACAUCGGAUUUGAGAACUCUGCCGGAGCUGCGAAACAUCAGGCGGUGGCGCUGCGAGUCCAAUCAGACUUGUCCAUCUUCUACAACUGCCAAAUGGACGGGUACCAAGACACCCUCUACACCCACACCCACAGACAAUUCUACCGCGACUGCACCAUCAGCGGCACCAUCGACUUCAUCUUCGGCAACGCCGCCGUGGUGUUCCAAAACUGCAAGAUGAUCGUUAGGAAGCCGAUGGAGAACCAGCAGUGCAUCGUCACGGCGCAAGGCAGGACUGACAGGCGCGAGCCUAGCGGGAUCAUCCUCCAGGGCUGCACCAUCGCCGCCGACCCAUUGUACUACCCGCUGAGGGCCCAAAACAAGGCUUUCCUCGGCAGGCCAUGGAAGGCGUUCUCCAGAACCAUCAUCAUGCAGAGCAAUAUCGGGGACUUCAUCCAGGGCGAGGGGUGGAUGCCGUGGAUGGGUGACUUCGCUCUCAACACUUGCUUCUACGCCGAGAUCGCCAACAAGGGUAUCGGCGCCGGCCAGACCCAGAGAGUGAAAUGGCGCGGCAUCAAGAAGCUCACUAUGGAGCACGCCCAGAAAUUCACCCCCGGAACAUUCAUCGCUGGCGAUAGAUGGAUCAAGCCCACUGGGAUUCCCUACGUUUCUGGCCUGCUGUAAUUAAAUUAAGCAACAAUUUCAAACACCUUAUACUUAAGGAUGAUCAGAUUUGAUCUUCUUCAUACUAUGAACUAUAUAUGUUAUCUAUUUUGUUUUUGUUUUUGUUUUUUUUCUCUUUUUUACUUUUCGUUGCCUUUUGAUGACUCUGGCGUGAGUUCGUCAAGACUCAAGAGCCAAACAAAAGAGAGAGAAAUUUGUAACUUUAGGAAUCUCAAGUUGAG